GACUGGUGCUUCAUAUGAACGUUAAUUGUACGUAACAAUCUGCAGUCGUUGGUUGAGAAGCAACAUCAUGGUUGACUGUACCUUGGAUGACUAUAUUGGUCAAAAAGGAACGUUUAGCGUUCAGCUGACUACCAAAUCUGUAAAUGUGGGCAAUAAUUUUAGAGGGUCUGGUGGUUUUCAAAGAAGCCUUAAUGUUCGAGGAGGUUUUCAAAGAAAGAUGAACAUUCGUGGUGGUUUCCAAAGAAAGAUUAACAUUCGUGGUGGUUUCCAACAAAAUGCUAAUAGUCGUGGUGGUUUCCAGCAAAAUGCUAAUAGUCGUGGUGGUUUCCAGCAAAAUGCUAAUAGUCGUGGUGGUUUCCAGCAAAAUCGUGGUGGUUUUCAGCAAAAUUCCAAUAAACGUGGUGGUUUGCAGCAAAAUUCUGGUAACCGGGGUGGUUUCCAGCAAAAUUCCAAUAAACUUGGUGGUUUCCAGAGAAGCACAAAUCUGCGUGGUGGCUUUCAGAAAACAUUAAAUCGUGGUGGUUUUCAUGGGAAUGCCAACAAUAAACCAAACACAAAUUUUGCUGGAUUUGGCAAUGUGAAAUCUUUUGAUGCUCGACUCCGACUUGGGCCAAAAGUUACAUUUGAUGCCAGACAAAAGCUACAAAAGAAACCUGUCGAUGCAAGGCAGAUGAUUACAGGGCCUGGAACAAAUAUGAUUAAACUAACAGGCACCACAAGUCAGAACUCACAGAAUGUUUCAGGUGCACGCACAAACUUUCAGUUGGUUAAAGUUAGUCCACUGGGGGCACAAAAUACUGUAAGUCCGGUUACAAAAGUAUUCAACAAAAUCACAGCUCCUGAAAGUGAUGCCAGAAGUAAAAUAUUGAAAAUUCAAAUUCAGAAAGGGACAUUUGAUGCGAGGUCACUUAUUGCAUCAAAGGGAAUGGACCUGCAGACCGAGAUCUCCACAUCACAGAAAGCUGUCCCACAAGUGAAUGUGCCAGGGGUGGGUGAAGUUGAUUCAAUCACACGAAAUGUACCCAUGCACAACAAUGGUGUGGAUGAAGGAGUUGGUUUGUUAACUAAGACAGUAACAAACGUGGCGAGUGACAACUGUAUUACAGUUACAAACAGUGGUUUACAGGUGACGAGGACUGUGCCCUCAUCUAGCAUCACUUUUGAUGGCAGUUCUCUCAAAGUGACUAAGAAAGCACACGCUAUUGAGAGUUCAGAAUCGGUGACCAGUAUGGAGAACAGGCGUACAGGUACCAUUCACUUCUCUCAGUCCCAGUAUUCCAAACUAGUUGGUGUCUCCACCGGGGAUCAUUACGACUCGGACGACGCUGGGCUGGAAGAGGAUGCCUUUCCCAUGACACUGAACAUCACACGGACAGCGAACAUUGUGAAAACUGUCACCAACUCUGCAGUGACUCAGACACCCAGCAGCCAACCUGUUUUAAAGAGGAAGUUGAGUGCCCCGGUGUGUUCGGGGCCUCUGAAGCUCCUGAAGACCGGCACCAGCUCGUACACCCCGACAAUUCGAGUACCGAGCAUCAGCAAGCCACCGUUGGUGACGGUCAAGUCAGACAGGACCAAUCCACCACUUAGAAAACAACCCAAGCCUGCAGUCAAAAGUGUAGAAGAUAUUCAGCCAGAAAAUGACACAGUCAGUGAUGUUGUUAACCCGCUACAGGGGUACCGGGUGUAUGUCACUAACCUGCACCCCAUUGUAAAUCAGGAUGAUAUCAUCGAGUUGUUUGGUGCCAUUGGAGCGUUAAAGAAGGCCAAACUGAUAAAGCAGGGAGUUGCAGAGGUUGUUUAUCUCAACAAGGAUGACGCGCAGAAAGCUGUCGUGAAAUACAACAACAGAGAACUUGAUGGCCAAGUUAUGAUGGUAAAACUGCUGACCUCGGCUCCAGCAGCUGUGAAGAAACCUGCUCCAGUGGUUCCUCCAGUGGUUGUUCCAGUGGUUCCUCCACCGGCUGAGGAAGCAGCUAGUGGGGAUGAGGCACCUUCCAGUGAAGCUAAAGGUCAACCUCUUAAGUUGAGAAAGCAGGUGCCUGUUUCAUCUCUUGGUCCUGAACCAUCAAAUGUUCAAAUUCCAGUGCUGCACAAAGCUCUGUUCAAACUUGGAGCACCUACUACCAGCAAUCCAGUCACAUUUACUGUCAAGAUUUAGACGAACUUGGAACACUUACUGCUUACAGUCCAGUCACAUUUACUGUCAAGAUUUAAAUAAAGUUGGAAUAUGUACAGUUAUUGUUAACAGUCCAAUCAUGUUUUCUAUCAAGAUCCAGAUGAAUUUGGGACAGCUAUAGAAAGUAGUUUAAUGUUGUUACUGUCAAGAUAUAAACAAGAUGUUAAGACUCUUGACAAGUUGGUGCAUAAGAUAAUAACAAUAAUUGUGAUGACAAUGGGGCUUUGUAUGGCCGCAGAAAAUGCUUGAUUGUUAUUCUCAGAAUACAAUAUUUGAAUCUGACAAUUUAAAAAAUAAAUAAACAUUUUAUAUUUCACACUUCAUCUUACAAGUUACAAAAUAGUGUAAAACUCAAAAUAAAAUACACUUCUUAUUUUAAAAAUUGUGCGAUUGCAUUUGUCAAAAAAAAUUCCAAUACAGCAUUAUGAUUAUUGUGAACUGGGUUAUUUGAAAACUCCGAACUACAUUUAGUGUUUAUGGAUUGGUACAUGUUUAUUUUGUAGACCAUUUCAGUAUGAAAGUUUUGAUUUUGUUUUAAUAGGUUUGUUAUUUUCUCGAUGAAGACAGUCCGGCAUUUACUGUUCAUAGCAUACAUUCUGGUGUUUACUUAAUUAAGUAUUAAGAAUUAAGAUGUGCUAAUUUUGGAAAGUUAUCCACAGAAUCAUUGAGAAAAACAAGCUUUUAACAUUUCUCUGACGUUAUAUCACAAGCUGUGUGAUAAUAGAGAGCUAGCUACUGAUUGGUUUAGGUCACCGAUUGAUAGUAUGUGUGUAUGUGUUUACUAUUAUCCAUGUAAACAUAGUUACAUUGUGUUUUGUACAUUUCUUUUGUCUCAUAUAUAAAAAAAAAAACAAUCAUGCUGAUAAUUUAAUUUUCUGUGUACUAUAUUUAGAUGUUUCUUUCUGACUUGUCUGUCAUAACUGUUGGUUCAUCUGUAGAGUCUGGAUAUAGUCCGUCACCAACCAGCUUAAAUUGCAGCCGAGCUACGCCUUGCUACGUUGAAGUUAAGCACCGCUGACGUGAUGGUCCGUCACUGACAUAACUCAAACUAUACAAUAUUAUAAUCUAACAAUACUGAAGAACAAAAGUAACCGUUACAAAAAAAUAAAACAUACCGGCAAUACCCGACAUAUGUCAUUAAUGUGAAGUUUAAUAUACAUGUAGUUAUUUUAAGAAAUGCAUUUAAACUAAUUUCUUCAGAGCUACAUGUACUAGACCAUUUCCAGCUAAAUUUCGUGAGAAGCUUCCAAUAUACCUUGUGAAACAAAAUUGUUAAUUUGGUCAUUCUGAAUCACACAGCCCUCUCCCAAGGGAAUGAGAGUGGAGCCAAAAAAUAAGACCAUUUUUAGAUAUUUUCUUCUCUUCCAUUGAAAAAAUUAAUUCUUGAAUUUGGUCGUCCUCAUACCCCCAUGGGAAUGAAGGGUGGGACCCAGAAGGGACAAAUUAAGCUAAAUUAAAAAGAAAUUUUCUCUACUUCCAGAAACUUGUGAAUUUACUUAAUGUUGGGUCCCCUGUUUGUGCCUAAUGAGGGGUGAACUGUAGUAAGAGGUGUGUAGAGAAAUGCUUUUUACUGCAAUUUCUGGCAGGCUUGAGCCACCUCCAUCGAUUCAACUGACUGGUUUUUUUCUCUCAUUCCAACCAGUGCACCACAACUGGUCAAAGGCUGUGGUAUGUGCUUUCCUGUCGGUGUGCUCUAGUGGUGUUGUUAAACAAAACAAACUUUACUUUGCAUGACGGGCAAUUACAUUGUGUACAAAUUGAAAAUAAAAUGUCUAUGACAUUGUAAUUGUUUUUUGCCAAGCUGUAAUAAAUAGUUCACGGGAUUUGACUAGUUUUAGGCAGUGUAAAAUAUGUUUAUGUGAAACAGAAAAGGUAUGCACUUUCAUUAGAACUUGAAUGCAAUGAACCAUCACAUUUAGUUUUGUUCCUGGUACAUUAUAAAACACAACAAUCAUUUGGAAAAACCAAAAUUAUUUAUUCAAGCAAUCUAUUUUUUCCAAAAAGAAAAUACAUAAAUUGGAGAAUAGUAUAUUAUACUGCAAUUGCAUGCAGGCUAUAUUAUAGCAUCAAUUGCAAAUAAAUGUAUGUAAACUAGCAUAUACAUGAAUCAAAUUGAUCACUUCCUACCAGACGGGAGAAAAUAAA